AGUGUGAGAGCUAAUGAACAUCUCCAUUAAUGAUGGGUGUAUUCCAAAGAGAAUGGUCAAAUACCUUACAUGUACCAAGGGACCACAGUCCAUUGCAUCAUGCACGUGCUAUGAUACAUCUGCCAUUUUCCCAGAGUUCAAACUGCUAAAGCUGUUGAUAGAAUAUCAUUAGUGCGAUUCUAUUUCUGGAAGAAUAUACAUAAAAAUUCCUCCUGGAUUUUCACACGGGGAAAAUGUCAGAUGGAUACAAGUUUGACCUUUUAUCAACCAUGGUGACCUGCUCAUCUUUAUAUUUCAUCGUUAAAGGUGAAAUUGUCAACACUCCAAAACAAUAUGUGAACUGGAAUGCAAUGAGCUAUACCUUGUUAAGCAGCGUGGGAUAUAAUCAAGCGAUAUCUCCAUUCACAUUCGAAGUCAAGACAUGUUCUGAUGCACAUAUCGGUCUAAUGGAGUUUGAUCAUCAAUUCGACCAAGGUCGUAUUUACGAAAUUGUCAUCGGUGGAUGGGGAAAUACUCAAUCUGUACUGAGGUCAGAAAAACAAGGCUCCGCUCAAAACACCCACGUGGAGAGAAAUAUAAUAAGCUGUACCGAAUUUCGAACAUUUCAAAUUACUUGGGACAACUCCGGAUCAGUGAAGGUAUUCAAAUACCAAACUGGUCAAAUGGAUAAAAUCUUGGUGUGGUCAGAUCCCAACCCGUUCAGUGUUAAUUACAUUAGCGUUUCUACUGGACCUGCAGGAGACGGAGUUUGGAACAUAACAAUACCAGUGGAAAUCACCACAACCACCACCACCAUCACCACCAACAUGUCGUCUGCUCCCACCACCACCAACAUUUCGUCUGCUCCCAGCUCAACAACAUCAACCCUCCCUGCCACCCCUUACACAACAUCAGGUACCAGUGAAUCCGAGACAGACAUCCUCUCGACUUCCAUCACGGCAACACAGGAAACAAGACCAACUACAGCAUGUCCCUGCAGUUGUGGUAAACCACAUGCAAAUUAUACACAGGAGCAGCUCAAUGCGGAAAUUCAGAAAUUACGGACAGAGAUGUUGGUUGUCAAGUCAACGACUAGUAAAUAUAUCCGGUCAAAAAGAUCUGCCAGCGAUUCUCGAACCUCCUCAAAGGUGAUGGGCUUUGUAGCGGGGUUGGUUUUGGUGUGUGUAUUCGGAGGUCUAAUCCUACUAGACUUUCACCAAUUUGAUUAUGAUGUGCAAGGGAUGCCGCCAAUCUCGUUCAAGCGCCUAAAAUCAACAUCUUAUCAAAUCAAAACAUUGUCUCCAAUAUGGAGUUUAUCAGCGGAUUGAUACAGUGUAAAACAAAGACUAACAUUGUGAUCGAAUAUUUUUACAUCAAUUGCGUAAAAAGUUUUAUAAAUGUUUAUCAAUCCCUCUUGUUGGCCCGGAUGGAAGUGAAAGAGGGGUCUAACUGUGGGAGGAAUACUGAAGUAUCCGGGGAAACCCACGUGGUCCGACAGGUGGAGCCAAUACCGCGCGUCCGAUCGGGGAAUCGAACCCCGAUCGCAUUCAGGAAAGAGUAAGAAUGCUACCAUUCUGCAACUCGAUGUGACGUCAUUUGUAUUUCUGUGUCGGUAUAAAAUUGCUGUGAAGAUUUGUCCUCAAAACCUCAUGGCUAGCGCUAUCAAACGUGGCGAGGAGUUCCAGGUGUCUGACAAAAUCUUAUUAUUCAUGUAUGUAGGCUUGUGCAACACACCGAUUAGCAUUAGUACGGAGAGGUAUUUUUCUCUUGGGAACAACUGACAUGGAGCUCAGAUCAAUCACAUCACUUACAUUGAAGGAGAGUAUGCACAAGCUUAAGGGUAUUUGUGGUGUACGAUACCGGAAUGUCCGGAUAAACCCACGUGGUGGGGCAGGUGAAACCAUUAACACGUGUCCGAUCGGGGAAUCGAACUCCGAUCGCUUUAGGUAAACCAUUCCGCCACCCGACCAGCCGUUAGAUUAUAAACACGAGAUGACGUCAUUUGUAUUUGACGUAUGAUUUUGUGUCAAUACAGAAUUGCUGUGAAGAUCCGUUCACAGUAUCCCUCGGCUAGCGCCAGCAAAUAUGGUGAGGAGUUUAAGCUGUCUGACGUGUAUGUCUGAGCGAUCAAUUAAAAUCUGAAAUCUGACGAAUUCUUCAAAUUUAAAAUUCUUAUACAUGUGUGUAGGCUGGCGUAACACAUCGAUUGGCACGGGGAGAUAUUUCCUCUUGGGAACGGUGACACGGAGUUCAGAUCCAGCAUUUCACUCGCUGGAGAAUGUUCACGAGGGUAUGAAUGGAGUACAAUACCUGGUUGCUUUCAGUCAUUAAUUGUGUAUCGAACAGACUUGUUUAUUGGAAACUCCCUCUGGAUAUUUGUAAUGCAGAGAACACAGGAUAUUGUUAAUGCCGUAUUAUGAACGUAUUUCUAAAGUAACUAUCAAAUUAUUUUAAUAAGUCAUGGCUUUAUGUGGAUUAAUAAAUAGCUGUGGUGUAAUUCAAAGGGAUAUUUUUCACCAGGAGAGAGCUGGGAAAGCUGGAAUGUGCCGAGAGAAGUAUUUUAUUCUCGUGCGACAACGUUUGGUUUGGUUUAUUUUGUUUAACGUCCUAUUAACAGCUUAGGUCAUUUAAGCACGGCGAGUAUGAGUUUGGACCUCAUCAAAGGUGGUCGAUUAAUUGCUAAAAUCACGAGAACACUCGCAAGGAGCUCACCAAGAGCUGUGGACGUUAAUCCCCGUGCGCUUUCUGUAUUUGAUGUGACGAAUUCCGGCUAUUAUGAUAAAACUGGUAAUAUUCGCGGUUGACUUAAUUUCUCGCUAUAUUCGCGGUCAUUAAAUACAUCGCGAAAAUAAAUAACCUACGAAAAUUUUAUUAAACAAAUGUAUCGAAGUGUUUACUGCAGAAAUUUAAUACCCGCGCACAAGUUCCGAAUGGAACAACCGCGAAAUAUCAGGCCCUGUGGAAUUUAACAAUUAUACUGUAGCUUCCAAAGUCGACAUUGAUCUCUAUCCUUAUCUAUUUAUGUAAGGGAACCGUAUCGACAACAUUUCUUCGUUUGAGAUUCACAUACAUAAAGCCAUCAAUCAUUUAUAAUGAAGAACUAGGCGUCGGAUGCGUAUCCUAUUGGGGUAAAAGUUUACAUUUCAGAUAUGCAUCAUUUACGUUUUAUCUGAUGAAAUAGCUUCCUACUUAAAAGCUGAAAGAAACUGUUUAGAAAUUUCUGAGCGGCAAACUAUGGUGUUCCGUUAGGGCCAAAUUUCCAAUAUCGCACCUUCGCUCCUUCGAAGGUAAACAUAAACGCGAAGGAGCGAAGGAGCGAAAACACGACGGCGAAGGAGCGAUUGAAUUUCGCGCCUUCGCCAUCGUGUUUUCGUUCCUUAGCGCCUUCGCUCCUUCACUUCUUCACUCCUUCGCUUCUUCGCUUCUUUGCUCCUUCGCUUUGCUCGCUCAUUUGCUCCUUCGCUUCUUCGCUCCUUCGCUUUGCUCAUUUGCUCCUUCACUUCUUCGCUCCUUUGCUUAUUAGCUCCUUCGCCCCUCAUUUGCUUCUUCGCUCCUCCUUCGCUUCUUUGUUCCUUCGCUUCUUCGCUCCUUCGCUUCUUCGCUUCUUCGCUCCUUCGCCUUUGCU